AUGACUACACUCGGCCGUAUCGAAGAGUUUGACGAAUGUUCGAGUAACUCUUUUGAGGAAUACACAGAAAGACUGGAAUGUUUUUUUCAUGCGAAUGAUAUUGAGGAUGAUGCAAAAAAACGUUCCGUUCUGCUCAGUGUGUGUGGUGCAAAAGCGUAUUCCACGUUGCGUUCAGUGCUUGCCCCAACGCCGCCCUCUGCUGUGUCUUAUGCAAACAUUGUCGCUGUCUUAAAACACCAUUACAGCCCAGCACCAUCAGAAAUUGUUCAACGUUUUCAUUUUCACAGUUGUAAGCAGAAAUCUAAUCAAAGUAUUUCAAACUACAUUGCUGAGCUUCGACGUUUGUCUGCGCACUGUGCCUUCGGGGAUCAGUUAGAGACAAUGCUGCGUGAUAGAAUUGUGUGCGGGGUUAUGGAUGAGGCGUUACAGCGACGCCUGCUGGCUGAACCUACACUAACAUUUAAAGAGGCAGAAGAAAAGGCACUAGCUGCUGAAACAGCAUUGUUAAAUGCUCGCCUACUUCGUCAACAUCAAAACGAAUCACGGCUGGAGGACGACGUUAAUUAUGCAACCCAUGCGCAGGCAUCGGUUCAUAAGACAGCAACUUCAAAUGAAAAUCCUAAUCGUGACAAGCCAUGCUUCAGAUGUGGUGGUCAGCACACCCCACAAGCCUGUAGAUUUUCCACGGCUGUAUGCCAUUACUGUAAAAAAAGAGGAGACAUUGCUCGUGUGUGUUUAACAAAGACUAAACAUGGUACUGACAAGGAUGCAGCCGGCACCACAGCAGAACGGUACACAAACAUUAUAACUCACAAAAAGCAAAAUGAUUAUUCCAUUUACAGCACCACUAAUAAAUCAGGAAGAGGGGGGCAGAGGCCAUAUCUGGCCACUGUUAUACUUAACAAACAAACACACACAAUGGAAGUGGAUUCAGGAGCGGCCUGUUCUUUGAUUAGUGAGCACACCUAUCACUCAUUGUGGCCCUCUAAACCCCCUGAAAUACAUGCCAACAAUGGAAUACUUAAGCAAUGGUCACAGGCAACCUUGGAAGUGAAAGGAAAAAUAUUUGUGGAAGUAAUAUACAAAGGAAUACAAAACACACUGCCUUUGUUUGUCAUCCAGGGCCAGGGAACUAGUCUGUUGGGACGGGACUGGUUUGAUGCCCUGGGAAUAUCAGUGGAAGGUGUACACAGGGUACAGCUGCAGUCUAUGGAGAGAAUACUGGCUGAAUACUCAGAGGUUUUUCAGGACAUUGGGGUUUGCCGGACCCCCCCGAUCUCUAUUGACAUUGAUUCCACAGUAACUCCACGUUUCUUCAAAGCCCGCCCAGUUCCUUUUGCUUUACGGCCCCAGCUUGAUGAGGAGUUGGACAAAUUGGUGGCUCAAAGAAUUUUUGAACCUGUUCGCCAUGCAAAGUGGGCCACACCUAUAGUGGCUGUAGCAAAAAAAGAUGGGGGCCUGAGGAUUUGCGGUGAUUACCGCUGUGCUGUGAACACAGCUGUUAAACCCGAUGUGUACCCUAUACCCACAGUAUCUGAACUGUUCUCGAAGCUAGCUGGAGGAGUAGUUUUCACUAAACUUGACCUGAAACAGGCUUAUCAGCAGCUUCCAGUGGAUAAUGACGCAGCCGACUUACUGACUAUUAACACUCACCGUGGGCUUUUCCGGGCUCGACGGUUGCAAUUUGGGGUGUCAACGGCCGUUUCAAUAUUUCAAAGAUUUAUGGACACUUUUCUCGCAGGAAUUCCAGGAGUCCAACCAUACCUGGAUGACAUCCUGAUUUCAGGCAAAACCAUGGAAGAACACAAUGAAAGGCUACGGGCCGUACUGAAGUGCUUCGCAGAAGCUGGGUUGCGACUAAAAAAAGAGAAAAGCAUUUUUGCUGCCACUCAAGUGGAGUUUUUGGGGUUUAGAGUGGAUAAAGAUGGCAUCAAACCAACCCGUGAAAAAGUGGAUGCGAUCCGAAAAGCUCCGCCCCCACAGAACAAAACAGAACUUCAGGCAUUCUUGGGGCUGCUUAACUUUUACAGCUGCUUUCUUCCCAAUAAGGCCACCGUCCUGGAACCCCUGCAUCGCCUUCUAGACCAGUCUGCUACUUGGCAGUGGGGUGCAAAGCACAAGAUGGCAUAUGCUCAGGCGAAAGAGUUGCUGCAAACGGAUAAAGUGCUGGUCCACUAUGAUGAAAAGAAACCCCUGGCAGUGGUUUGUGACGCCUCACCCUAUGGGCUUGGGGCUUUAUUGUUCCACAUGGAAUGUGAUGGCCAGGAGAGGCCCAUCUGCUUUGCUUCCAGAACAAUGUCCAUCACUGAGCGGAAUUAUGCCCAAAUUGAUAAGGAAGCAUUGGCGGUUGUUUUUGCGGUCAGAAAGUUUCACCAGUAUCUCGCAGGCUGCCAUUUCGCGAUCUUUACAGAUCACAAACCCCUGCUGGGUGUCCUGCACCAUUCCAAGCCUAUGCCUUCACCACGUAUGCUGCGUUGGAGUUUGAUCAUGGGGGCUUACGACUAUGAGCUGUGCUACAGACCGGGCAAACAAAUGGGCAAUGCUGACGCCCUGAGUCGCUUACCCUUGCCGGCAUCUGAUACUGUUACACCACCACCAUUGGAAAUGUUACUGCUUGAAAUGGUGCCAGAUGCACCUAUGCAUGCUGAGCGAAUCGCUAACCUUACACGCAAAGUAAUGCGCUGGGUCCUGCAUGGGUGGCCGGCUGAUGUAAUGGAUAGCCGGUUCAAACCAUUCCUUUCGCGCCGCCAUGAACUCUCUGCACACAAGAACUGUUUGCUAUGGGGAAGCCGUGUGGUUGUUCCUUGCUUGGCAAGAAGAGAAGUACUAGCUAUGUUGCAUGACGCUACACCGGGCAUGGUACGCAUGAAGGGACUCGCAAGGAGUUAUGUGUGGUGGCCGGGCAUGGACCGAGACAUUGAGGAGACUGUCAAGGCAUGUGAAACCUGUCAGAUGUCACGUCAUGCACCUCCUAAUGCGAGAGUGCACCCUUGGGAGUGGACGACAAAAAGAUGGUCCCGGCUGCAUAUUGACUUUGCAGGCCCUUUUCAGGGCAAAAUAUUUCUCAUAGUGGUUGAUGCACAUAGCAAGUGGCUGGAGGUGUCUUUGAUGAGUUUCAUGUCAUCGUCAGCCGUCAUCAACACACUGAGAAUACUUUUUGCAACACAUGGUUUGCCUGACGUCAUAGUCUCAGACAAUGGUGCUUCGUUCACUUCUGCGGAAUUCGAAGAGUUUGCAGAGCGCAAUGGCAUUCGACAUGUCACUACAGCACCAUAUCACCCAAGCUCAAAUGGUCAAGCUGAACGCAUGGUGCAGACCACCAAGGAGGCCCUGUCUCGCAUCACCAAGGGCGAGUGGCAGACCAGGCUCGCUCGUUUCUUGUUGUCACAGCACGUCACACCCAAUUCAUCAACUGGAAAAAGUCCUGCUGAGAUGCUCAUGAAUCGGCGACUCACCACUGCCCUGGAUCGUCUGCACCCUGAUCAUGAUGGUGAUAUGCUUCGCAGACAGGAGCUUAAUGCUGAAAAUUGCCCUGGCACAGUCAGAGAGUUUAGACCUAAGGACAUGGUAUACAUGAGAAGCUACACCAGAGUUUCUAAGUGGGUGCCUGGAAUCAUUGUAGACGUCACAGGGCCCCUGUCAUACAAGGUCAAAGCUAGUGAUGGGCAAAUGCACAGGCGACAUGUUGACCAGUUGCUGGACAGGACGGCACCUUUGUCCGACCAAUCAAGGCCUGAACCAGGUGGCUACUCUGUUCAUCCACCUGAGUCUCCAGGGGCUGAGAUGUUUGCAUUACAUCCACCUGCAUUAGAUGUGGGAAACCCUGAUGUUGACCUUACGGGAGCUGAGGGCAUGUCUGAGUCCCCUCAUUCUCGGAGAUACCCUGUAAGAGAGCAUCGGCCUCCAAGAAGGUUUUCAGACUUUGUGGACUGGGGAAAAGGGGUGUAA